AUGAGACUGGUACUUCCUAACCCAGGACUGGAUCUCAGAAUCCCCAGGCAUGAAGAUCUGGAGAGGAUGGAAAAACAGGAGGCUGCAGACAGACCCAAGUGGGACAACAAAGCUCAGUAUAUACUAACCUGCGUGGGGUUCUGUAUCGGUCUGGGUAAUGUUUGGAGAUUCCCUUACUUAUGUCAGAGUCAUGGAGGAGGACGUGACUUUCAGGCAGUCUACAUCACAGCCAUCUUGCCAUAUAUAGUGCUGGCCAUCUUCCUGAUCCGAGGACUGACUCUUAAAGGUGCCCUGAGUGGAAUAAAGUUCCUCUUCACACCAGAUGUGGAAGAGCUGAUGAAUCCAACUACUUGGUUGGAUGCAGGUGCCCAGGUCUUUUAUGCUUUUGGCAUAGCGUGGGGAGGGCUGAUUUCCUUCUCAAGCUACAACCCUGUUCACAACAACUGUGUGCAAGACUCUGUGAUCCUGUCUGUGGUAACUGGCCUCACCUCAGUCUAUGCAGCCACAGUGACCUACUCCAUCAUUGGCUUCAGGGCCACUGAGAAAUAUGACACCUGUAUCAACGAUGUUUUUGGACUGGACAUUAAAACCUGUGACAUGCAGAAACUCCUCAGUGAGGGAGUGGAGGGAACAGGUCUGGCCUUUAUUGUCUUCACUGAGGCCAUUACCAAAAUGCCGGGUUCCCCAGCCUGGUCUGUCCUGUUUUUUAUCAUGCUUCUCUGCCUUGGACUCUCAACACUUUUUGGAAACACUGAAGGAGUCAUAGUCCCUUUGAAAGACUUGAAUUUGUUUCCCAAAAAAUGGCCCCAUGAAAUAUUGACUGGAGCAACAUGUUUUGUAUCCUUCAUCAUCUGCCUCCUGUUUGCACAGCCAUCAGGAAUUUAUUGGGUAACUCUCUUUGAUAACUUUGCUGGAUCUGUUCCACUGCUGACCAUUGGAUUGUUCGAGAUGAUAGCUGUUGUUUACAUCUAUGGCAUUGACAGGUUCAACGAGGACAUAAAGUUCAUGGUUGGGCGAAAGCCCUCUAUUUUCUGGCAGAUUACGUGGCGAUUUAUCAGUCCUCUGAUUGUCCUGGUUAUUUUGGUUUUCUACCUGGUGGCUCAAGCCCAAAAGCAGCUCAACUAUCUAGUCUGGGACAUAAAUUCUGAGACAUUUCCAGCUUUGACACCAAUACCCUACCCCUCAUGGAUCUAUGCUGUUAUCUUCCUCUUAGCAGGAGUCCCCAGCCUGGUAGCGCCUAUGUACGCAUUAUGUCGGCUGAUCUUUGUUUGCUACAAGAAAAAAAUGUCAUCCAGACAAUAA